GCUUCCAUUCGUGUUCUUUAUCGAUUUCCCGAAGUUGCGUCAAGUGCUGACCCGCGUAACAUAUGGUUCGUAUGGUAGGAUAUGUCUGCUUUCCCCACCACUUCGUUAAAUGCUAAGGAAAUUCAUCGUUACUAGUGUCACCAUCGAUGCACUGAACUAUGCCAAAUCUGGCCACACUGGUCAUGAUAAACAUAAAUUUGGCAACAGUGAGAGAGUCCAGUUACGAUGUACACAUAACCCACUCAGUAAUAACUUUUCAGUUUUUAUUAAGUUUUUGUUUGUGCGAUAAGUGAGAAUAAACUGUGGAUUAGGUAUAGUGCAGUGCAAUAAAAUGUUUAAUACAACGUAGAUUUGUUCCUUGAUAUAUUAAUCACGUUGAUUUUUUUUUUUUAUAUUUGUGUGCAGCACAGUUGCUUAGAAUCUGAGGUCUAAACUGGUCUGAACUAUCGUAACUGCCGAUUAAUUAUUUUGUAUUCUUUGUUGUAGUUUUAUAUGAAGAAUUCUAUAAAGUAACGAUGCCACGGCGUUGCUGUGUUCCCGGUUGUAAGGGAAAUUAUAGUAGCACAUUAAAAUCGGAUAAUUACAUUUCGGUUUUUUUAUUUCCGAAGGACGAGGAAUUGCGAAAAAAAUGGAUAGCUGCUAUCCCUAGGAAACAUUGGACACCUACAAAAUAUUCUGCUGUUUGUAGUCUUCAUUUUGGUGAAGAUGAUAUUCAAAGAUGUAAGAGAGUUGUGACUUCUAAUGGUGUACAUAGAAAUGCCUUAGUAAGGUGUCCAAAGCUUGUACCAGAUGCGGUGCCCUCUAUAUUUUGCAAAUCGGAUUAUUUUGAAAAGCUUGCACUGCUACAUAAAAACAAUUAUGAAAAACGUAGACAACUCAUUGUAGAUUUUAUUGAUGUAGAUUUCAUUGUAAACUUUGUAGAAUUAAUAACUAAGUAUCAAGAAAAACUUGAAAUGCUUGAAUGUUGGCACACUAAGUUAACAAAUUCUAAAAUUUAUUUUUAUAAACUUGAUCAUGAUAAUGAUCUUUUAGCAAUAAACACACAAAUUGUAAUUGAUGACCAAAUGAAAAUAUACAUUUUUCAUGAAGGUAAAGAAAUUUCUAUUACUAAUUCAAAGAGAGUGCCACUUGUUAACAAGAAAUUGUGUAGGUGGUCACAACUUCAAAAUUUAUUAACAAGAUAUAAAUCUGAAUUUGAUGUACCUGCUAAUGAUGAAAUAGAUCUUAUUGAAAAACAUGUUAAGAAAUCUUUAGAAGAACUCAAUAAGGCAUACACUAUUGCAGACUCCAUUGAACUUUCUAAUGUUACAUCUUGA